GAUCUGUCAUCGUCGGACCAUUCACUCACUGGCACCGCAGUUCCACACCGGUGUGACGAUAUUAUUGUGAGUCGUUCGAUUGGUUUUCUUGGAGUUUUUCGUCGCCGUAUAUUUCGUCUCGCAUCCGUUCCGUCAUUUUUCCCUCGCGUUCAAAAUGAUGAUCGCACAGUGUCUUCUGGUAGCCGGAAUCGCGGCUGUUGCGGUGUCUAUGCCAGUCACUCAGGAGGAGUAUGCCAGGUACAUAGCUCAACAGCAGACUGAAAAGGGCCAACCGAUCCGCAGACCCGUACUUCUGCAGGUGGUCCCGGCCGGCGGCGCAGCUUACCAACAACCGGCUGCGGCAUCACCGCGACCAGCUUACCAACAGCCAGCCGCUUACCAACCACAGCCCGCUGCUUACCAGCCACAGCCCGCCGCAUACCAACCACAGCCCGCCGCAUACCAACCGCAGCCCGCCGCGUACCAGUUACCUCAGACCUACCAGCAACCGGAAGAGUACCAACAACCGGAACAACAGUACCAGCCGUCUGCCCGACCACAAGCACCACGCCCAAAGGCCCUGACUAAGCCGAAGUAUCAGAACAAGCCCGAAAAACCGGAAGACGAGGAAAACGACAAUAACCCCAAUGCUCAGUACCAGUUUUCGUUCGACAUCAGCGACGACGAGUCAACCAACUACCACAACCGCAAAGAGCAGAGAGACGGUGAAAAGAUUUCUGGAAGUUACAGCGUCGUAGAUUCAGAUGGAUUUAUCCGUACAGUCACAUACACUGCCGAUCCCGAAGAGGGAUUCAAAGCCGAAGUUAGCCGAGAGCCGACCAACAUCCAUGUUAAGAUACCCACUCCAGCACCACAAACCGCAUCGCCAGCACCUCAAUACAGAUUGCCAGAAAGGAAGGCCCAGCAACCACAAUACAUAACAGUGCAGGCUAGCGAACCCGAAUCCGCGGCGCAACCGGCCGACCCGAUCUCCGGUUAUUAUCGCAGUCCUCCGCAACAGGUCAAGCAAGCGCCGGCCGCACACCGAUUCGCUGCACCCAGGCCGCAGGCCGGCCACAAAGCCAGCGCUUUGGGCUACGCAACGGCGCCGACCAACUCUCCGCCAAUCAUCUACCAAGCUUACGACCAGUAAACAAAACAUGCAUGACGUGCGGCCGCAGUGGACGGACGGCGGCGCGGUCGUCGUCGUCGUCGCUGCAUCUCAGACCCGGAACACGCGCGCCUCGGCGUCCCAACCGCAGUCGGCCAUCAAUCCGUCCCGGUCGGCGCUCAUGUCCAGACCGUACACGUAGUCGGAAUGGUUUUGGUGGCUCUGACUCGGUUCCGACGACACACCGUAAUCCCAUAUCCUAAAUACAUGAUUAUAAUAAUAAUGAUUGAUCGAAUUAUAUUAUAUUAUUAUACGCGCACGACAUAUUAUUAUUUUAUAAUAAUAUUAUAUUGAUUAUUAUUAGUGUUAUAGUAUUAAUUAAUUGUAAUGAUGAUAAUAUAAUAAUUGUACUGUAACGUGCGACGAUGGCAGCGUUCACAUUCCACUAUUUUUGUUUUCAUAAAUUUACGAAAUAUUUUUUAUUAUUAUUAUAGUAUUGUCUUAUAAAGAAAAAAAAAUAAAAUGUAAUUUUUUUGUA